AUGCUCGACAGCCAAGCGAAGAAUCGAACAAUCGAGCAAGAGACUAAUGUAAGUUUAAAUGUACAGACUCCGCUCGAAGACCAGCCCCUCCUAAUCGAGAAUGAGCACGACAAGAACAAUCAGACCAAGCUUACGGAGCCCAAAAUGACGGCGACACCCGCCCCUCCACCCACUAAAGCCUUGUUUCUCGAUGGAUUACGUGGGCUUGCCGCUUUGCUAGUUGUUGCACAGCACUCGCACGAGUAUAUACAGGGUAUAAAUAUUGGUGCUACUGCGGUGGACACCUUUUUUGUGUUGUCAUCGUUCCUCCUCACGUGGCUUUUCAUAAACAAAAGCGUGCGUUUACUUAAUGAAGGAGCGGGAUUGCUGAAAUGGGGGUAUAUGCUAAUCGACUACUUUUCUAAGCGCUUCUUCCGUGUGUAUCCACUAUUUGCUUUUACGUGCAUUACAUUGUGGUUUAUGGACGAUGGAAAUCGUACACACUACUUUCUUAAGAAAAGUGAUAAGACAUUUGACUUGUUCAAGACACUCACUUUCGAUUUUGAACAUCGGUAUUUUGUCUUUUGGACGCUACCCCUUGAAAUCUCCUACUACUUUAUAAUCCCGGUGUUUGUUCUUGGCACACUUAUGUUGCACAAGUAUUGGUGGCUACCAUUUCUACCUGCAUAUUAUUGGGUCAUCACUCAGGGCUGGAGCGAGUAUCGUACAAGUCACUCGAAGCUCCUUCCACAUAUUCCAACAUUUCUUGCUGGAUCAAUGGCUGCAACGAUUUACGUCAAGCUCAACAUGUGGAUAAUAGCUAGUGGAUUUGAGUUUCGAUUUUAUCACAAGGUUUUGCUUCGAUUGAUCAAUUAUACGGCAUUUGCUGUAUUUUUAAGUGUAGCAUUCCAUGGUCUCUUCUUCGUCUGGGUCCAUGAAAAUGUUGCACCACAGACGCCUGGUUUUCAUUUUGUGAGCGUGCUUUUAACAAUUAUAAUCGUUUGUGAAAUGUUACUACCAUCGCCGCUUUCGUCGAUUCUCGAAUGGAGUUUUCUACGCUAUUGGGGAAAAAUUAGCUUUUCUGUUUACUUGCUGCACGGUUUCGUUGUGUACAAUAAAACUUUGAGUCAUCAAGGCGACUACUAUUGUCGUCUUUUCUCGCGCUUUGGAGUGCUUGGAUUGCUCGCAACGGUGACGUAUUAUUUAGUCGAAUACCCGUCGCAAAAAUUUGCUCAGCGUAUUACGAAAAUUUUAAAUGAACAGGAAGCAAAGGGAUCGAGAAGCAUGAACGAUAUUUGGAGUGGAUGGUCAAAACAGAUUUCAAUCUCGCUUCGAAACGAUCUCAAUUGCAAGGAGACUCCACCGGUGUGA